UCCCGCAGGGAUGAAGGCCAGUACAAAUGUACAUGACUGUAGGAGGUCCGCAUCGCGGGGAGUGGGUUACUUCACAUGGAUCAGACACCCUUUCCGUGUCAGAGAUAGAACAACAUCUGCGGUUUGUGGUGUCGAACACUUAUCUCUACUCAAGGGAUGGCACUCUGCGUCAUCAGGUGGUAGGCAUCCCUAUGGGCACUAACGCUGGACCGGAAAUUGCCAACCUUACGCUUUAUUGGGAUGAAGCACAGUUCAUCGAUGAAUUACGACAGCAGGAUCUACGCGCUGCGCAAGCACAUGCAUUUACGUACCGAUUCAUUGAUGACAUCUUAUCUUGGAAGACAUUACCGCCCCCUCCUGCUCGAUAUGGUCUUGAGUGGAAGGACACUACUGAGCAAGAUGGGUCGUGUGUUUUCCUUGGGGCAAGAAUCCUGGUUCGGCCAGAUGGCUCACUUCGCAUCGGCGUCUUUGAUAAGGCUGAGGCCUGGACAUUCCCUGUCAUACGCUACCCCAGCGCUUCCUCUAAUGCCCCAGCUCAUCAGCCUGCAGGUGUGCUCACAGGGCAGCUGACACGAUUUGAACACAUCUGCAACAAUACUGUCGACUUUAAGGCUGCAGUGAUUUCCCUCACACGACGAAUGCUCAUUAGAGGCCAUCCCCCCAGUGUCCUGGCCAGAGGAGACCGGACCAAUCGCAACAAAUUUGGCCGAAGUGGCUGCAAGGGAGGAGGGCCAGCAUCCUACGAAUACGGUGGCAGUUCCACCGCCGCCAUCGCCGCCAUCACCACCUCUGCCACCACCACCGCCAUCAUCAUCACCACGACUGGCCCCUGCCCUAUCACCACCACCCUCCCCACCGCCUUCGGCACCACUAUCGCAGCCGCCGUCGCUGCCAGCAUCAUCGUCAUCAACCUCAACAUAUCAUCACCAUCAUCACAUUCAUGGUCGGAUCAGCUACGACAAAGGCCCAGUCGGUGGACGCGUACGACAUUGGACCAACCAUUGCAGAUGCCUCUUCGGCGGGUCCAUUCUUCGUCUCCACCGCCGUCCCCAAGACAGCGGCCUCGUCUAGCCGUGAACGGCUUGAUCACCGCGCCUCCAACGGCUACUAGAGAUUUGCUCCGCCGACAUGCUCGCAACCGUUCGGAACGACAGCGUCGCCUUCGAUGCACAGUAGCCAGGAAUAGUACACGCCGAGUCCGAUGCUCGCAAUGUGGGGAUGAUUUCUUCAGUGUUGCAGGCUUCCGUGUGCACCAGACACGAGGUGCAGCUACUUGUGCAGCAUUUGCACGACUGGCAGCCGCUCUGAGCACAMGUGCAGCUGAUCAGCUUCCGUUUUCCGCAUCUGACCCACCCAGUUCUCACCCCCCUGACCCGCCCCUUUCUCAUCCAACUAGCCCCGUUUCUUCCCCUGCCCCAAAUGACAUUGACCCGUCUUCUGGCUACCUGAUGGAGCCCCGGAUUGAAGAUCGUCUCUCUCCGGAGCGCAUACUAGAGCCAAUUGGUCAAGACCGCAACGAGUCUCCUCCACUUGUGCAAGCUGCAGAAUCGAACGAAUCUCCUCCUGCUGUGAACGAAUCUCCAGCACAACCCGCAGAAUCCAACGAUGUCAUAGCGCUACAGCGAGGCCGCUAUGCUGCCCAUGUGGAAGAUGUCAGGAACGGUGGUACUGCCGGUCAGACUUCUGACAGGCCAGAGCUAGGGGUUUCGGGAGAACAUUCGUUAGUGCCACCAGACUUGUCCAUGCCUGCGACGAUCAGAUGUACAGGACAGAUUGCAGAGCCCAACGAUCGAGGGAGUGAACCAUUUUUCACCAGCAAGGAAGAGACACAAGAGUUCGCAGAGGUUUGCGCUGAGGCGAAGCACCUGUCCCAGUGCAUGCUUCGCCGGAUGCAUCGACGGCACCCACACUUUCACUACUCGCUUAAUCAGACGAGUAGUCUUUCUUCAGACCCGAUUGAUGCUUACAGUUUGGGAGCUAGGGAUGGACGGGAGUUAUCGGGAGAAGAGGACGUUGCUCCUCCUUGGCAGUUGGUCGAUGCAGUCUAUGUCUGUCUGCAGCUCAGUGAGGAUCUGGUAAUGUCGGUGGAAGAGGAUGGGAAAAUAGAUUGGCUUGAGAACGAAGAGAGAGAGCGUGCUGAACUCAAUGAGGGAGCCAUGAGCCCUGACGUUUGCCGUAUGAGAGAAGCGGAUGAAGAGAAUGCCAAUGCUGUUGGCAGCAGCAUUUGUGCUGAGAGUCCCUCGCGGAGGUGCCUGGAGAACUUCCCUCCCCCCCGACCUCAGAGACUUGCGACAAUUUCGGAUAACUGGAUGGAGACGCUGUCACCACAAAGAAGAAGUGGGCACCUAGAAGCUGCACAAUUAAACGACUCUGUGGCGGUGGAAGAAGCAGAAGCAGAGGGAAGAUCCCAUCCUUCAGAAACUGUUCGAGUGAUGACUCCUCUGGAAGUUGCUCGGGAACUGGUAAGUUCGCUCAAGACCUGCGAAGCUAAGCACUGCAUUGUUCCAGCGCUGAACGAGGGAACUUGCCUUUCUCGUCUUUUGGGGGGGCGAGAAACAUGACUACAUCGCCCUGGUCGAGUUCCAUUCUUUGUGUUUCUUCCGGUCAGCAAUUCUCCUCCUCCUCCUCCUCCUCCUCCUCCUCCUCCUCCUCCUUCUUCUUCUUCUUCUUUGUCUCCUUCUUCGUCUUCUUCUUCGUCUUCUUCUUCGUCUUCUUCUUCGUCUUCUUCUUCGUUGUCUUCUUCGUCUUCUUCUUCCUCUCCUCCUUCUCCUCCUCCUCCUCCUCCCUCCUCCUCCUUCCACCAGGCCUUUUUUCCAUCAACAGGUCGCCUGGAGUACAUUCAAGUUGGUAAAACAUAACGAGCUUGAAAGGGGUUAGUAGCCCCAACAUUAUUGUAUUCACGAG